AUGGCCGCUUUAUUGCUGCUCAACGAGACCACUGUUGCCAACCGCUCCAGCGGCGACAUCUCCAUUCACGACGUGGGGGGGUGGCCUUCGACGUUCAUCCAGCGUGAUGGCCAGAAGGUCGUCACCGGCAGGGAGGAUUGGAUCCUGCAGAGGGGCUUCGUCUACCGCUUCUCCGGCGAAAUCAGCACCAACCCGGGCGACAUCGUGUCCAUCGUUCAAGAUGGCAAGGCGCUCACCCUGUUCGUUCUUCGCGUCGACGGCAAGGUGGAAAAGUUCACGACAUUGGACGGCGAGCGCCCUCCUCAGGGUCUUACCGCGGAGUCCACCGAGGACCCGGCUCCGAACGUCAUAGUCACUUCGGAGGCUUUGGCGAAGGUCGUCUUCACCUCCAGCCUGUCGGGCAGCCUCUCCCACCUUUCGCUCACUGACAAGGACGCCGGCGAUCAGCACGCCCAGAUCGACAAUUACAAGCGCGCCAUCGACGGCCUGCUUUAUCGCCACACCGUCACCACCAUCAAGAUCGCCACCUACAUUACUCAGCAACUUGACAUCGGUCCUCUCCACAUCACGAUCUCGUGGGACACUGACAAGCUCGAGGGAAGCAUGUCCGCAUCCGUCCUAGGCUACAACCUUGGUACUUCCACGUUCAGCCAGAGCCAGGGUGCCAGGUUGAGCCUCAGCGUCUGGCUCGUUACGGCAAGCGCCGUGAUUACCAUUCGCGGCAACGAAGUCUAUCUCGAGGCGCACGUGACCACCAUCUUGGGCGGCAGCGUCGACUUCGGUCCAGUCAGUGUUAUCGCGAUCGACUCAUAA